AUGCAGCUCUUGAAAGCUUUAUGGGCAUUAGCAGGAGCAGCUAUUUGCUGUUUUCUUAUAUUUGUCAUCCACUCACAGUUCCUUAAAGAAGGUCAACUGGCUGCAGGUACAUGUGAGAUUGUUACUUUGGACAGAGAUAGCAGUCAGCCCCGAAGGACUAUAGCCCGACAAACAGCUCGCUGUGCAUGUAAAAAAGGACAGAUUGCCGGUACAACAAGAGCAAGGCCAGCCUGCGUGGAUGCACGAAUUAUCAAAACAAAACAGUGGUGUGAAAUGCUUCCAUGUUUAGAAGGAGAAGGCUGUGAUUUGCUAAUCAAUAAAUCAGGCUGGACCUGUACACAACCGGGUGGGCGAAUAAAGACAACCACGGUAAGCUACUUCCCUUUUGUUCCUCCUUAUCUGUAA